AUGCAUGUGGGCUUGGUGCUUAUCUUGGCUUCGGCCGCGAAGGUGGCUGCGCAGAAGCUUACAGAGGCGCAGCUGGACACCCAAGCCAAAGACAUGGUCGACAAGAUGACGGUGGAUCAAAUUCUUGGGCAAAUGAACCAAAUCGACUUGAGCUCUGCCGACUCUCCGACGAAAGUCGACGAGUUUGCACAGCUGAACGUUGGGUCGUACUUUAACUUUAUUACCAUGGGGCGAAAGGGCAACCGCGUGACGGCCAACACGGACGAAUGGCGGGCCAAACUCACGGAAAUACAAGCGAUUCACAUGAAACGAAAUAACAUUCCGAUGAUUUUCGGCAUCGAUUCCGUCCACGGCGCCACGUACGUCGACGGGUCAGUGCUGUUUCCGCAGAGCAUCAAUACGGCCGCCACAUUCAACCCGGUGCUGGCCCAAGACCUGGGCAAGUACAUCGGCGAGGGACACCAAGGCGGCGGGCAAUCCGUGGAUGUUUGGGCCCACUCUGGACGUAACACGUCACAAGCACUGGCCUCGCGUGUAUGA